AUGAAGAGCCAACCAGACUUAUCUGAGCACUUACAAAAUCAAGGCGGUUCAACAGAAGGCAUCAGAGAUAUCCAAACAAAAGAACAAAAGAAGAAAGUUGUCGAAAUUAAGAGUUCUGACUUAGAUUUAGUUAUCAAUUCUACAAAACUCUCAAGACAAGAAUCCAUCGAUCUUAUUCAGAAGGCCGACGGAAAUAUCAAGUUAGCCCUCGAAAUGUAUGUUCAACAAUAA